AUGGCUUUAGUUCCAUUUUCAGCACCGCCACUGUAUCCACCAGCUCCACCGUCAUGCCGUGCUUCAUUUUACCGUGGCGUUUCUCCUUUUUAUUACUGCCACUAUAAUUGCCCAACCAAAUUGGAUUCCUUAUCAAGCCGUCAAUUGAAUUCCGGUGGCGGUUUAAUAACGAAUGCCGGGAAAACUGCAAAUUCAUCAGUUUCCGAAAUUAAUGGAAGGAUUUCCGGUAGUAAUACGCCGGAGAUAAUGGAUUACGUCGAGGUGUUCGGAAUUGGAAGUCGGAAAGACGCCGUAUUCGACUUCUGUUUGAACUCGCAAUUCCUUUCCCCUGCUUUGCGUUUCUGGAAUAUUCUUGUGAAGGAUGAAACAAAGGUGCAGUUGCAGCAGAGGUUUCCCAGUCAAGAUAUAACUUCUGAAGUUACGGAAGCUUCGACAAAUUGCUGGCCAUGUUCAAAAGCAUUUGUCCUUGUGGCUAGUGCAGCAUAUGGCAGUGAUGAUAUUGCAGCUCUUGAUAUUCUUAGGGCAGCAAAAUCAAAGAAAUUCUUAGUAGUUGGCAUAAUUCUAAGGCCUUUCGACUUUGAAGGACGAAGACGGAAAGAUGAGGUGAUGAAAUUGGUGGAUGUUAUUAAGGAGCAAGCUGAUUUCUGCAUUGAUGUUGAUACCAAUGCGCUUUUGGAUAAUGAUAUGGUGACCCUUGAUGAAGCGGUAAAGAUGAUGAAUAACGCUGUCCUAAUGGCCACAAAUGCCAUACCCAUUCUCAUAUCAGAAAAGCAUGUAAAGCUUCAACAUGCAACACAUAAUGGUAGUGGAGUACAGACAGCUGCCGAACUUCAAAAGAUCCUGAAAGACCACAACGAAGCAAAAAUUGGGUUUGGAGCUGGUUUUAGUGUAAAAAGUUCAGUAAUCCAAGCUGUAUAUGACUGCCCCUUCCUAAAUGUUGGUGUGAAGGACUCCAGCGGUAAAGUCAUAUGCAUUCUUGCAAGUUCAGGCAUCAUUGAUGACCAAGACAGUGCUACUAUUUCGCAAGUUGUUCACACAACCAUAGGUUGUAGGGAGGAAGUGAUUGUAUCUGUAGUCUGUGAGCCAAAACUUGAGCUGAAUCUGAUUAGGACAACAAUUUUAGCAUUCGGCUGUCUGAAGCAGCAGCCCAGUAAAAAGAGUGGCAUAAUCUCUAGACUAGCCCAACAUUUUCCUUUCCUUUUCAGUAUCUUGAAUAAGCAGUCUCCACAACCUCAAAACACUAAAGGAAAUAUAUCUGAAUACCAGCAUGCGUCGGGAGAUAAAUCAUUGGAAGAAUAUGAUCCGGUACUGAGUAAAGCCCACUUCGAUGGUAUCUCUGAAGAUUACAGUGCUCAAACGAUUUCACCCUUACAAAGCAAUCGUGACAAAGACACAUCUUUCAGGAGAUAUGAAGGUGCGUUGGACGGAAGUGACAUUGAAUUUUCCAAUACUGACUCAAUUCCUUUACCUUCCCUGCAAAAUGCCCAAGGAGCACCUCCUUUUGAAGGGAACUUAAUCACUAAAGACCAUGUUGGAGCAGAUAAUCAGAAUUUCCUGGUUUGGACCACAGAGGACGCUCCUGAUACUGAGGCUACUCUUCUACCUGAUAGCGUGAGCAUCUACAGACUUCCUGUUGGUGUGAAGAGUUCGCAAAUUUCGGAGGAGUUUUCCGCUAACAUUAGUCGUCAGAGAAAGCAGAAAGAUAGCAGCAGGAAAAUUCUGUCAGAUACUACUCCGAGUGUGUCUUGGGAUGGUAUAACUGACAGAGGCCUCGAAGCUACCAUGAACUUUAUUGAUCUGUCAAAAUCUAGAAAAAGAAAUAAUGCCAUUGACUCUAAUAAGCAAGGAGCUCUUUCCAACCGGGCGGCAUCAAUGCUGGAAGCUGAACGAGAUUCACCAAACAAGAAGUGGAGCCCUGUUCUGGAAAUUCAAUACAGGGGAGGGAUCUACCGUGGUCGCAUCCAAGGAGGACUUCCGGAAGGUAAGGGGUGUCUUUCUCUUGAAGAUGGAAGCAUAUAUGAUGGCAUGUGGCGCUCUGGUAAACGAUCCGGCUUGGGUACAUUAUACUUCAGCAAUGGCGAUGUUUUCCAAGGAUCAUGGAGAGAUGAUGUUAUGCACGGCAAGGGUUGGUUCUACUUCCAUACGGGAGACAGGUGGUUUGUGAAUUUCUGGAAAGGUAAAGCAAAUGGGGAAGGACGAUUUUACUCAAAGCUAGGGGAUGUGUUCUUUGGUCACUUCAAAGAUGGAUGGCGGCAUGGCUAUUUUCUGUGCAUUGGCGUGGAUGGGACAAGGUGGCAUGAGGUGUGGGAAGAUGGUGUACUUGUUAGCCGCAAGCAGCUGUUUGCUGGUGACAAUGGCGUUGCUUAA